AUGUUCAUACUUAUCAGAUCCUUGAUUUAUUGUCUUUUGUAUAUUACCUCCAGCGUUGUUGCCACAGAGCCAACAAUUCUCACUGGCGAGAAUGGUGCUAUUUGCCGUUGGAUUCAAGCAAAGGCCAACAACGACAACUCAUAUGUCAGACUCUUUGUGAAUGAGACUGUUGUUGACUACGAAAUUUUCGGCUUGAUCUUCAAUUACAAAAACAUUGUCAAUUUUGCAUCUGUCCCUAGAAUUGAGAAUUUUACUGACUUGUAUCCCACAAACAAAACCGAAUUGUAUUCGACGAUGUUGGGCGGCGAUGGAAAAUUUAUUGAUGAUGCUGCUAAGGACCAUUCAGUUGAUACAUUGAGAUUCUGGAGUGGUGUCAUCGACAAAGAGAUUAUAUUUCUUGUUUCAGAGUCAGGGACUUAUUGUGUUUACAUUGCACCAGACCCAGUUAAGGCACCAGACUUUGAAUUACCUGUGCACUUCAAAAAUUACUAUGGCAACAUGAGAUACAGUUCUUACUUGUAUUACACAAGUUUGAAAUGGAUCUUUAUUAUCUUGUUUGCGACUAUUGCAGCAAUUUUCAAAUUCUUGAAAGAUUUGAGUGCAGGAGGAUCUCAGAGCUUGAGCUCAGUAAAAGCUGCGAUGAAUACACUUGUCAUGUUAACAUUUGUUCCGUUUGUGCUAAUGAGGUUAUUUGAUUUUUGCUACUUAUUUGUUCAAAAUAGCGUGUUUGCACCAUACCAAGGGUCUUCCAUAGAAUCCUUUCUAAGUUUCCUUUCACUUCUCAUUUCAAUGCUUGAUGCACUAUUUCAAUUUUAUGUGGCUCUAUUAUUUUCAAUGGGACUUGGUGCCAUUUAUUACUACAAAAGCGAUGCUAAUUAUAGAGGGUUUUUGCCCGAAUGGUCUCGAAUUGCAACUAAAUUUCCAUUAGCCUCUGCAUUUAUUAUAAGUCUUACACAUUCAUAUUUUGAAGGGCUGAUUACCAUCUCGUUUUUUUGA